CCAAGCAAAGAGUUGAGGCGCUGCUUGUUUGGCAGCCUGGUUGCACGUCUCUAGAUACUUCCAGAGUGAAGUAUGGAGUUGAAAAGCUAAAAACAAUGGGUAUUUUGCCAUCUAAUCCAAUGUAUGUACAUACCCUUCGCGUACUCUUGUCUUUGACUGAGAAUUCUUGGGAGAGGAAAUUGAAGGUUUUUGAGAAUUUAGGGUGGUCUUAUGAUGAUUUUAUAUCAACUUUUAAAAAGAAUCAAUUUUGUUUGUGUUGUUCUGAGGAGAAACUUAAACAAUCUAUGGAUUAUUUUGUGAACACCGUGAAGCUUGAUAGGAAAAUUAUUAUUGCGGAUCCUCGGUUGCUUGCAUUUUCACUUAAGAAAAGGAUAGUUCCUAGGUACAUUAUAUGGAAGAUUUUGGAAGAGAGGAAUCUGAAUCCUCCAAAGCUCAUUUGGAUGUUUACUAUACAGGAAAAGGUCUUUCUUGAGCGAUGUGUUGCUAGGUAUUUAGAUACGAAUCCAAAUCUUUUGCGAAUCUAUCAGACCAGCAAGGAGAAGCCCAUCACCUACCAGUCUUGUUAGAAAAUGAAUAGAUUGCUCCUAAUGGCAGGUUAGUUUUUUUGUUAUAUUUUUCAUUUUGCGUUCUCUUUUUUGACAAAUAUUCAAGCAAACCAUAGUUAUUUGAAAGUGUUGAUUCAGUCAAGCUUGUUUAUC